CGUCCCUUCCCCUUCACCUCGGCCUCUCUGCGCGUGACCCACCGCGGCCGAGGCCGAGGCGGCGCCGGUGUGGGCGCCGGGGCGGGCGAGUCCUUUGCUCUCGGCCAGGGGGCUCCCAGAGCGGCCCCCCACCCACCCCCGACAAGGGGACCCCGGAAGAAGGUCAAGAAAUUGCCCUGCGGGGACAGCGAGGCCCGCUUGGCAACCUGCCUCUCCCUCGUCACGUGGUCACGAGGGGCGGAAAGCGGGAACCCAAAGCCGCCAGGACGCCCAGACAGUCUGGAGACCAGAAGUCCACCACCAAGGUGUCGGCAGAGUUGGUUCCUUCUGAGGCUGUGGGAAUAUCACAGAAACAAUGUGUCCUUCUUAGUGCCUCACAUCCAGAAGGCACGUGAAGAAGCAAUGAUGCUGCCCAAACCUGGGAUCUAUUACUUCCCCUGGGAGGUCAGUGCUGGCCAAGUUCCUGAUGGAGACACGCUGAGAACGUUCGGCAGGCUGUGCAGCUACGACAUGACCCAGUCCCGAGUGACCCUGAUGGCUCAGCACAGCUCUGGCCAGCACCCAAUCCUCGUCUGUACCAAGCUGGUGGAACCGUUCCAAGCCCAGGUGGACUCCCUCUACACUGUCCUUGGGGAGCUAGAGCACCAGAAGGAUGGAGGCUGCCUGGUGAAGGCCCGGGUGCUGACUUGUGUGGAAGGAGUGAAUCUCCCCUUGUUGGAACAAGCCAUCCGGGAGCAGAGGCUGUACCAGCGAGAGAGGGACAGCAGCCAGUAGAGAGCAAGACGGCAGCUCCUGGCAAAUCCCCCCCACCACCACUGCCCACACACACACUGGAGCUGCUGCAGAGAAAAGGCGGGAGCUUCCCCGGAGUGACAGCCUUUGUCUGGAGCUGGAGAGAAGAGGGCAGGGGUUGUUCAUCGAUAUCACCCCAGAAAUGGGAGCCUAGAGAUCAGAGGCCGGGCACGGGGAGGGGCUGGGGCUCGUGUGGGUCCUGGAGGGUUCUAGAAGGUCCUCGUGAAUAAAGCUGCGUGGUGUGACAGA